AGUUGCUUGAAAGAACUGAUCGUGGGCGCUUCUUAGCGAAGCAUGCUCCGUAGCGGCGUAGACGUUCAGAUGACAGACUUGUUUUUAGAUUACGCUCGCUAUAGUCAUCACCUGUCGGCCACAUUAACGGGGCAACCCAGAACCAGCAAACACACAGGUCUCGCCAGACUUAUCACUGGCUACUUACUAACAGUUUGAGAUCAUAUAGAUGCUGUUCAGAGCCUUUUUUGCGCUCUGUAGCACACGACUUCUUUUCGCAAUUUCUGAACUUGCAGUAUUUUUAUGAUCAGCCUCAUCGCUAUGUUAGUCCUGGGAUAACAUUCCUGGAGGAGUCAAUCCUUCUGCAUCAUGCCCUUCACUAUAUAAUUCAUUAGAACCAAGGGUCUAAAGUGUGUCCAUUGGGGACAUGAAAUACCGUUCUGGAAAUCGCCGUGUCCAAUUUGGUCAAGAACUACGUUCCGGGACCUUGAAAAUUUUAGGAGCAACUUGAGGGAGAAAUCACGUAAAUAGUUUACGAAGAGGGGACUCGUACGAUCAUCAUGUAUUUACCGAGCAGCCUAUUACUGUGGACGUUACCAUGGAUUUUACCACAUAUCAAAGGGACACUUCAAGACAAAAACCUGAUCCACUGUAAUUUCGAGCAGCUGGACCUGUGUCCGUUUGAGCAGGACCCCACGGAUGAGUUAGACUGGGAUCUAUACCAUUCCCCGCCACUGUCACCUCUUCUUCAUGGACCUUACCCUGAUCAUACAUACGGAAAGGUCAUAGGCUUUGGGGAAGAUGUUGUGGUGGCUAACAUCAUAUCUCGUCGAACAAGACACUAUGCCAGACUUGCCUCGCCUCCCAACGUUACCGGUGGGGACGCCCGCAUCAUGACCCCGAACUUGAAGCUGACGGAUGGCGUGGCCGAACUGUCCUUUUACUACCACAUGUUUGAUCCUAUUCCAAGUGACUUCAAAGGCACUAUCAACGUGUAUGGGUGUAACAGAGAUCUGGUGUGGAGCCGGUCGGUGAACCUCGGGAACUUCUGGGUGAAGGCUACCAUUAAGUUGUCAUGCGAUUCGCCAUUCAGGAUCAUAUUUGAAGGUGUGAUAGGUGCCAAAGACAGCGAUCUUGCGAUCGAUGACGUCGAUGUUACAGAUCGAUUCAACAGAACAAAGCCCACAGCAGGAAAACCAAUGGAUCCAAGGGGUACUGAACCUGGUGGUAUUACCCCUCGAAGCUCCAAUGGGGCAUCAACAGGUAGCAUUACACUCUAUCCUCAUGGUGAACUUCCACCCGUUGGUCCAGGAACGGAAGAUGUAGAUCCUGAUAUAGCGCUGAGUUUAGUCACCGUAGCUGUUGCACUGUUCGCUGCUACCUGUCUUAUGUUACUUGUCACAGUCAUAAUACAUUACAAAGUAUGCAACCAGCGAAGGAAAAACCAUUAUCCUUCCCACAUCGUCUACCACGGACCCUCUUACUACAACAGGGAUGUGGAGCGCACUGGGAAUGAAAGAGAAGGAUACAUGACCCUCAACUUUGAUGGCAGUCGUGCAUCUUCAUCUGGGACAACUACAGAGCUAUUAAAUAUGUCAGACAGACAUGAUAUGCCAUCGAAGAAUGGUGACCGUAUAUCAUUAGCUAGCAUCACCAGGACUAGUUCACUUUCAGAACCAAGACCUAGACUACCAACUCGAAGAGAGAGUAGAACUUUCCCUAUUGUCCGGGAACUAAAAAACCUUCUACACGCGGUGCAUAUGAGAAGGAUACGCACGCUUAGCCAACAUCUCUCCGUCGCAGAGAUAGAAAUGUUACGUCAUGAAUUGAGCAGUAGAUCAACCACUCCUGCGCAUCCUGAUGUGUCACAUGACCGGACAAUGUCAACUAUUCUUCUCGAUACAAGUGCAUCAACUAUACGUCCAAUGAGUGAAAUAAGCGAGCAUUUUUAUUAUAGUUUAUUCCCGGACCCUAACGGCGAAGGAGGCGCUCGAAGUCCAGCUCAACGUCGACACGAUGCCCGUGCACCUCUUGUGUCGGGUAGACCGGCGCACACGUCGUCGACGAUGGCCGCGCAAGGUGGGCCGUUAGUUGACCGAACCGGUCGUACGGUGGGCCAGAGUCAUGCGUCAUCGACCGGUGAAGAAGGGACUCAUUCGACGAUUGUUCAAUCAGAAGAAAGUAGUGGUCCAUUAGAUGACGUCACAUCUACAACUAUCGCUGCUGGUGACAACACUGAAAUGGUAGAUAAUGAAAUUUAUGAAUCGUACACGGAGAACGAAGUGUCUUGCUGAUACACCAUGACUUCUCAAAGACGAUUUUUUUCCUUUUAGGGACACCACAUCUCAUCUUGACGAUGGUUAUCAUACGCGUUUGCCGUUUGCGCUCGGGUCAAAUCAGGUUACCAAAAGAUGAACGUACGAACAAUAUUUUUAGCUACCCCAAAAAUUGGAUGUCUCACAAUUUCUGUUUCCAUUCAUUUAUUGCCUAACAUAACAAAAACAAGAAAUGUAAUAUUUCACCCUAGUCUGUAAUAGAUAUUAUAAUUGCCCUGGAAAAUUCCAUUGACAAUUUUGGUGCUUUCACAGCAAUCACAGGUUUGGGAGGAAAUAAUUCGUUUCCAGCACCUUACUGCAAUUAUACUAGUUCUUUCUUAGAACGUGUUUUUAAGUUAUAACAGACAUAUGUCAAUCAUAUUUGAUUAUUUACACAUGGGGCCGACAUUUAACGUCAAUAUCCGAAAGACAUGAACCAGGACUUGAACCUCAAACCCCUGUAUCAAUUUGUAAUUUCCCCAAUGAGAUUAUAGGCGCACACCUCGACGCCCAACAGCUGAUAAAUGGCGAUAUUUUCCCCUGCCAUCAGUCAGCAAAAGGCACUACUCUUCCCUAUUACCACCGGAUUCCACACUUUAUUACCGAUACUACCUUUUGAUAACACCGGAAUAUAUUUCAACACAAGAAUUCAGGUGAUGUGAGCCAAACAGUUCUUCAUAUCAGUGUAACUGGUAAUUCUAUUUCACCUAGGUGUAAACAGUCGUUAGAAAAAAAAGUUAUAUGUUAUCGCGUUCUCUUUGAUCAGUACCAACGCAUGUGUCUACUUGGCAGCUCCCAUGUACGUCGCCCUCUACUGUGUAAUUUAGCAUAUAACAUAUUCAAAAAGGAGAUUAUCUUGUUAUGGGUGUCUCACUCAAGGUAUCAAAUGUAUUGAUGUUUAUGUUAAUUUCAUUGUUUAUCUGGUUUAAUGUUCUAAUGAUGCAAAAGUUUACUUCAACAUUCAUAAUGUGUGGCCAUGACUGGUAUCAAAUCAGUGAAAUCAUGUUUAGCGCUGGUGUUGGUAUUGGACGCACACAUUCAGUUUAAAGCCCCCUCACACCUGACCGAAUGUAGGCGGACGAAGGGUGACGAAUAGGAAAAAUCUAACGAAAUGCACGCAAAUUUAACGAAUUCAAAUAAAAUUUCCGUCAAAUCAUGCGAUCAGUGACUAUUGUCAAAUUUUAUCAACGAACGGUAAGCGAAGGAUAAAUCUCACGUGCAAAGGAUAUCGAUUUUUCGGUUGACCACUUGAGAAAAUUGCGGCCGAAGGUGAGCGAAGGGUUGAUAUAACCCAUUAAGACGAACGAACAGUGAGCAAUGGUUUGAUAUGGCGUGCGAUUAGAAACAGAGACGAGGGAAAAGAUCGGGCAAUCUUGUUCAUUGUGUCAUCGUGUUGCUUCGUUACGGGUUCUUUCGAGAUCGGUCCACUUUGGCAAAAGCGCGAAGAGGGACUACGCGUGACAAAAAACACUAAACGAUAAACGAACAAUUACCGCCGACUGAAUAAGAGAAGCGAAUUCAAACAGAUGACCAACAAUUUUUCGAUUCGUCGUGAAAUUUUUAACAUGUUCAAAAUUUCCGCGCGAAUUUGAAUAAUCGCAGCUGUUCAGAUGAUAUACGAACCCAAACACGAAGGGUAAAUAUGAUUUACUAUCAGUUACCAUUGAAAACAACUUUUUAAUGCCUUUCGCCAGCCAUUGCAAGGCAUAUUUCAGGCAAUUCGGUUAGAUGUGAGAGGGCCUUUAACCUGCUUCACGCCGACGUCCACAAGAAGAGCCAAAUCACAUUAUUGAUAGAUCGACACCUUGUGAGAUUCGUCAAAGGAUCAAAUGCACUUUUAUGUCGUGCUCAUGUAAGAGUGGACCCCAAUGCCAACACCAACUAUUAAACUCCGGACCUGAAAUCCCCUACAGAUAUAUGUAUAUUUCUAUUUUACUUAAAAGUCACUCUUAUCACUUGCUUCCUGUGCCACUAUUUUGCUGAUUUAAGGGGUAAUGCAAUAUUUUGAUGAUUGUGUCCAAUGUUAUUUUUUUCAAAGAUCUUUUAUGUCAUCCUCUCGUACGAGUUACGCUAUGUGACUCACUGAUGUAACGAGUGACAUUUGGCUUCCAAAAAAAAACCCCAACAACAAAAUAACGGACAGUGAUAUGUGUUGAUGCAGAUUGAUCUAAAUGAACAAUUCGGGUGACUUGAAUUAGGAAAUCAAGAUUAAUAUUAGCUCUUUAUUUCUUUGAAUUUGACAAUAUUUCCGAUUCGCGAUUUCAGGUUUUUGAAAUGACAAAGGCUUAUGAAUGCCAGACUUACUUGUACUGCUUGAUGUAUAUAAUGAUAAGGAUUGUGUGAAUUUCAGAUGUAGAUAAUACUCUUUUAUAAAUAAAAGGAUGAGUGAAAAAUAUUGCUUUUGUGAAGUGAGACUAUGAUAUUUUUAAGGAAAGGAUAAUCGGAUACGUUUUUUUUUUAAGUAAAAAUACAUUUAGUGUUUCAAUGGGAUAAUGUCCCUCGUGAUGAAAUGGUGGAUAUUUUUUUUAGAUUAUUUUAUGUCUUCUUAAAAUAGAGUGUAUUAACCCUAACAAGGCGGGGAAAACGAUUUUGCCGCGUCGCCAGCUGUCGUCUCCUGUUUUUUUUAAUGUAAAAUCUUGUGCAUUUUUUUAGACCAAAUUUUCGACGCCCGGGUACGCGGUUCCAAAGUGACUUAACAUUCUGUAAAUGCAUGUCAAACCGAAAGGUCCUGAAAAACGUGGUCUCAUGUACAGAUCCAACGCAAGUUAUGUUUCCUCCUAAAAUUUGUUAAUGCAUCAAUACUUUCACUUUAACUCAUUGAAAUCACUUUCUAUUUUUAUGUUAAAAAUAUGAUUCAAAUAUUGUUACUGACAAUAUCCAUGGAAAAGACACGAA